AUGAUAACCCAAAGGGGAGUGGAAGCCAACCUCGAAAAGUGCCAAGCGAUACUCCAGAUGAGGAGUCCGGGUUGCAUCAAAGACGUUCAGCGGAUGGCGGGAAGGCUCACCGCAUUGUCCCGAUUCCUCGGUGCAUCGGCAGCAAAGGCCCUACCCUUCUUCAACCUGAUGAAGAAGGGAAUAGCGUUUGAAUGGACUCCGGCGUGCGAGGAGGCAUUCAACCACUUCAAAGAAAUCCUAGCAGCACCCCCUGUUCUCGGGAAACCCAGAGCCGGGGAACCACUCUACCUAUACCUAGCCAUAACAGAAGGAGCGCUUGCAGCGGUGCUGGUGCGAGAAGAAGGGAAGGCCCAACAACCGAUUUACUUCGUGAGUAGAGCACUACAAAGGGCAGAACUUAGGUACAGCAAGCUAGAGAAACUGGCACUAGCGCUCUUGAUCUCUUCCCGCAGACUACGACAAUACUUCCAGGGUCACCAGGUGGUCGUGAGAACGGGCCAGGGGAUCCGUCAGGUGCUCCAAAAACCUGAUUUGGCGGGGAGGAUGAUGACCUGGGCCAUCGAGCUGUCCCAAUACGAUCUGAGCUACGAACCCCGACACGCGAUUAAGGCACAAGCAAUGGCGGACUUCCUAGUGGAAGUAACCGGAAAUCCAACCGAGGACACAAGCACACGGUGGAAACUCCAUGUGGACGGAGCUUCCAACCAGACGUCCGGAGGUGCUGGGAUCAUCCUAGAAAGCCCAGCCGGAGUCAUUUACGAACAAUCGGUUAAGUUCGAGUUUCCCGUAUCAAACAACCAAGCAGAAUACGAAGCCCUUCUAGGGGGCUUGGUUCUAGCUCGGGAAGUCGGGGCCACAAGGUUGGAAGUAUGUAGCAACUCGCAGGUUGUCACCGCGCAAGUAAAUGGAAGCUACCAAGUCAGAGACUCGCUGCUACAAAAAUACUUGGAAAGGGUCAAAGAGCUGAGCAAACAAUUUGAGGAGGUCACGAUCCAACACGUUCCAAGGGAAAGGAACACACGAGCAGACCUCCUAUCCAAGUUGGCAAGCACAAAACCUGGAACCGGCAACCGCUCCCUCAUUCAAGGCAUCACGAAAGAGCCCGCAGUUGCUCUACACCUGACCAAGAUGAGCCCCUCUUGGAUGGACCCCAUCACCGAUUUCUUGAAAAACGGCAAACUCCCCGGGGAUGGGAAGGAAGCCAAAGCGUUGGGAGGCUGCAAAGUACACGGUCAUACAGGACCAGCUAUUCAAAAAGGGACUCAGCCAACCUUUGCUGAAGUGCAUACACCCCGACCAGACAGACUACGUGCUCAGAGAAGGCAAGUCAAGUACCUCAUAGUUGCCGUCGACUACUACACCAAAUGGAUAGAGGCUGAUGGUCCAGGACAAGUCAAACAUCUCAUCGUUGCUGUGGACUAUUACACCAAAUGGAUAGAAGCCGAACCGCUGGCCAGUAUAUCCUCAUCUAAUUGUAGAAAGUUCAUGUGGAGGCAGGUGAUAACUCGGUUCGACAUCCCGGAAAUCGUCAUUUCGGAUAAUGGGACGCAAUUCACUGACAAGAAGUUUGCAGAGUUUCUCACCGGCCUGGGAAUAAAACAAAAGUUCUCCUCAGUGGAACAUUCCCAGACAAAUGGACAAGUGGAGUCCGCAAAUAAAGUCAUCCUGCUAGGCCUCAAGAAGCGUUUAGAUAGCAAAAAAGGCGCAUGGGCCGAUGAGCUUGCCUCGGUCCUCUGGUCCUACCGAACAACCAAGUAA